GCCGCCUCCCCGCCCCGCCGCCGCCGCCAUGGCGGAGCGGAGCCGCGGCGCUCGGCGGCGGCUGCCGCUGCUGCUGCUGCUGCUCCUGGCCGGCUCCGCCGCCAGCCCGGCGGAGGAGGGCGGCGGGCGGCGGGAGGCGGGCGGCGGGGAUCACGGCGAGGAGGCGGCGCGGCACCACGACUCCUCGUACGGCACCUUCGCCAGCGAGUUCUACGACCUGCGCUACCUCUCCGAGGAGGGUUACCCUUUCCCUACUGCUCCUCCUGUGGAUCCCUUUGCAAAAAUCAGAGUGGAUGACUGUGGAAAAACCAAGGGAUGCUUCAGGUAUGGUAAACCUGGAUGCAAUGCGGAGACUUGUGACUACUUUCUAAGUUACCGUAGAAUAGGUGCUGAUGUUGAAUUUGAGUUGAGUGCCGACACAGAUGGCUGGGUGGCAGUGGGAUUUUCCUCAGACAAGAAAAUGGGAGGAGAUGAUGUUAUGGCUUGUGUUCAUGAUGAUAACGGAAGAGUUCGAAUACAGCACUUCUAUAAUGUUGGGCAGUGGGCUAAAGAAAUCCAGAGAAAUCCUGCUAGAGAUGAGGAAGGGGUUUUUGAAAACAACCGUGUAACGUGUCGAUUCAAGCGUCCAGUCUAUGUUCCCCGAGAAGAAACCAUCGUAGAUUUGCACUUGAGUUGGUACUACCUGUUUGCUUGGGGUCCAGCAAUCCAGGGUUCUAUAACUCGUCAUGAUAUCGACUCUCCACCCGUGUCAGAGCGUGUUGUCAGUAUUUACAAGUAUGAAGAUAUUUUCAUGCCAUCAGCUGCCUAUCAGACCUUCUCUUCUCCAUUCUGCUUGCUCCUCAUUGUUGCACUGACCUUCUAUUUAUUGAUGGGAACCCCAUGACCAAUGGAAAAUAGCAAGAAUUUGGCAGUGGAAGUUUCUCAGGAUGGACGGCAAUAUGGAUAGACAAUGAAUUUUUCUUUUGGAAUUUAUAUCACAUCACCAUCCUCAUCUAGCUGCUUUUGAACAUAAUUAGCUUCUCAGAAGAGUGAAAUAACCAUCUCCCUUGAGUGGCAGAGUGGUGACAAAUCAUUUAAGAAAAUCAGUGAACACAUAGGAGAAUAUUUUCAGUGUUGUGAUUACUUGCUUGAGAAAAAUGAGACUUUUGUAAAAUCCAUGUCUCUCUCUGUGUGUGUGUGUGUUUGGGAGGGGUGCCUGUAUGUGUGUUUAGGUGAAUUUAGUGAUGGACAUCUUAUCAAAUAACAAACUUGCCUUCCAUAUUGCUACAAAAAAGCAAAUUUGGGAAAACACUGCAAUGCUGUUUGGUACUUCUAGAGCAGAGGGCACAUCUCCAAGUGCAGUUUCUAAUCUUAAGAUCUGGAAACCAGCAGAGCAGGAUAAAACCUAUCCUUCAGUAGUGGAUAGUUCUCCCAAUUUUUUUUUUUUUUUUUAAAUAUUUAUCAAAGUGUACAUUCUCUAGUACUUUCCAAAACUAAACUUGCACAUUCAAGCAUUAGCAUGAUUUUUUUUUUCAACAGAAGGAGGUGAUGAAUGUCUUUAUUAUGUUUCAAUAGCCUUUUUGAAAGAAAUACCUACCUCUUUAAAGAGUGAGGUAUGAAGUUAUUUAAACAAGGGGAAGGGAGAAUACAGCAAUAUAAAUUCUCCAUACAUAGGAAAACCAGGUGUAAAACAUGCAGAAUAUUAAAGUUCCCAACAAGCCAUAGGAUGUCCUCCUAAGAGAUUAAAUCAAUUUUUCUCUUUUUAUGGAAAAAAAUUUGCUGUCAUGUAAAUAUGUUUUUACAUAAUUGUGCAGUAGUAUGAAGUAAUCUCUUCUGUGUUGUAUGACACUAAAUCCUGUUCAUGUUAAGGGUGACUAUGGGCAGCUGGUGUUAUCUUACAAAGAAAUAUAAAUGAGAUUACUUGUAAGGAAAGACAGGGAUUAAUAAGAACAGCAGUAUCUUUUGUUCAUCAAAUCACUGCUAAAAUAUAGGUAUUGUGAAAAAAGAUGAGCUAAAAAGUAAAUACAUUUGCUGUUUUUAUCACCAAUAAAUAGUACAAGAAGAAUGCUAAAUAUUACAGAGAUGAAAAGUGUCAAAAUGCAUUUCUGAGCCACAGAACUUAGAGUGAAGAAUUUCUGUUCUUCACAUAACAGGAAGUGUAUGUUUACAUGUAGCAGUCAAAUGUAUUUAGGUAAGGUUACUCAUUCACUUUCCAACUUACACUAAAAUUCUACUUAAGUAGAAUUAAAAUAUAAGUAGUGCCAAAGUUUUAUCUAAUGUGAUACACUUGAGGACUUCCUAACAUAGAAUCUGGUAAAGUAUAUGUAAUGCAACUCCUUUCUAUUCUCAUUGCUGCAUGGAGUAUAAAAUGAUUAAUUAGCCUGGUUGGGUUUGCAUCAUUAUUCACAGAUUGAUGUCUGUAGACUUAAGUUUUUUUAGACUUAGAAUUCUUCAAACUUAUGCUUAAGGUAUAUUAAUCAGAUUGAAGAUGAACUUAUCUUCAUACAAACACUUUAUCCCUAUUUCAAAAGAUUGAUUAAUAUUUUAUAUUUUCACUGAUGUCUUUAAGGAUUUUUUCACUUUAAAUUACUGGACUAGAGUUCAGGAAAGGGAAGAGAAAUUCAUAAGUGAACUUCUAAAGUGCAUACAGUAGCUUUAUUUAGUAUAAAUUACUUCUCUCAGGUUGGUUAACUUACUCAUCAUCUGAUCAAGUAGAGACCACCUAAUAAGGUCUGCUUUGGCCCACAACAGCUGUGUAAUUUAGCCUUAAGUUUGGCUGGAGCAGAUAAGAAGCAGCCUGGAUAAUGAGCUUUACAUUCAGCAAACAGGUGAAGUGAAGAAAUCAUUGGGGUAAAUUCUUUCUCUCAGGCAGUGAGAUAUUGCAGCUCUUUCUCAGAGCCUGAGGGUUGCUUUAGUUUAUGGCUUGGUUUUUACUGUUUCAGCCAUUUACUUAUUACCCACUAAAGGGCUAAUUUAAUGAUUUAAAGGUACUGAACUUGCCUAGAAACCCAGUUUGGCUUCUCUUUUCUUCUUUAAUAGAGCUCUGGAUUUAGGAUAGCCUGGUUGGACCUGAGCAUGCAGGUAUGUUAUAGAUGACAAUAAUAAUACCAAGGUAAAAUUGUGUGACAACUGUCAAUUUGCUUUCAACGUAUAUGGAGUCAGAUGUGGUUAAAGUUCAGGAUUUGAAGCAAGAGCAAAGUAUUUUACAUUAUUUUUUUAUUCCUUUUUCAGAUUACUUGUCAGUGUGCUGUGUUUUUGUUGUAUCUUUCUCUUGUUGAAGUACGAGCACUUCUAAAAAAUCUUUCAACUAAGCUUCACAGUACUUAAUUAGCCUUAUAAAGUGUUUCUAAUCAAAAGGGAUGACAUAAAAGGCCACAGGAAGCAGCAAAACAAUCUAUUAUCUGGCAUUGAAAUGGAUGGUUGAGUUCAGCACUGAGUUUAUCUUAGAGUUCCUCUUCACAGUGGGAAAAUCAGGAAUGUGGAAUUCAAGUUGACAAACAAUGAAGGUAUGAGCAUCUAGAAGUUGGUAUUUGGGAUGAAAUCUGAGGAGAGAAAGGUUACAAGGGAAACAUGGUAUGUAAGUUUGUACAGUACUUGGUAAGUUUUAAUAUUUGAGUGGGCAUAAUAACUUGUCAUGGAGACUAUUUUUGUUUUCACAUGUUGUCUUGUUUUUCUUUUUAAUACUGAAAAGCAGUAUUUAUCCCUGUUACACAAAGUUACUAUAAAGUAACAGACAUCGAAGUAAUUUUUGAUUAUGGCAUUUCAAAUAUUUUUUGUUUUGUUAUUUUUUCUAAUUGACUGGUACUAACACAAACUAGAAGAAAAUAUGUGCUUUGGAAAAGGAGGCAGAUAUUUCCCUCUCCAAGUAAUUAUUUGUUUCUGUAGUGUGAUUACUACCAAACAACUAUUAAGGAACACAUUUCCUAAGUGCUUUAAUUUUAAGAAUUUCUUUCUGCACAAUGACUUCAUAGAGAGGCAUUGAGUUUAGAGAAGGCAUAUUUAGAAUAUUGUGUUUGGAAAUUUGACUGUGGUUACUAAUUAGAAAGGAUUUUUUUUACAUAUUUUUUUUUCUGUUGCUGGUAUCAAAUAACUGGGUUUUUUUAGGUAGAGGUGAGAUGCUAAUUUAUUUCCCCCUCAAAAAAAAAAAAAAAAAAACAAAAAAACCAAAACCCCCUGAUUUGGUAAUGUCAUUGGAUAAUAGGUGAUGAUGCCUUCUAUUAUUACAAGGGAAGUAUUCUGUUUUUGAAAGAACAUAUUGAUGAGAAAAGUUUGAACUCCCUCUGUGGCCUUCUUUGUCUUGAUGGGUUUUGCACUACUUGGAUAGUAAGAAAAUAACACUUGUGGACUCCCUAAUUUGAAGGAACCCCCAGUUUGGAUUAAAUGAUGUUACAGCUGUGUUUGGCACUGACUUUCCCAAUCUUCAGUACAGGGAUUGGAGAAUGACUGGGGUGUGGUGGCAUCCAGGCAGAGGUCUCGAAGCUCACUUGGGGCACCAUAUGCUGGGUCUGAACCAACAAAAGAGCUCUGCAACUGCCUCUGUGUACUAAAUAGCUGCACAGUUAUUUCUUAGUUAUUGCUAUGACUAAUACAACUGCUAUAAGUUUAAGGGAAGACACAGGUCUUCCUUUUUUUUUUUCUUCUCCUUUCUCAUCCCUCCAAUGCAUGAGACAUUUACAAAAAAGAAAAUUAUUCCUGUUUUAAAGGGUAGCUCCUCUGUCUGGUCUUUCAGGUAUUUUCUGUGUCUGUUAGAAAUUUGCACCCUUCAGUACUCCAGAGGCAGAAUUAAAGUUUAUAUGCAAGUUAUGUAACUUUAAUAGCAUUUAAAUGGCAUUUUGUGACUCUGUGGUUUCAUUGGUUUGGCACACUUGGUGUAGCAGGUGUACUUCUCCCCACCCUCCUUUUGUUUUAACAGCUCCAAAUAAUUUCCCCAAUGUAAAGUACUUGAUAAUAGACAUAACAAGAAGGAAGUAUGUAUUUCAGAGAAUUACAAAAGGCCUAAUACCAGUUAUUUUCAUAAGUAACUAUUCUGUUAGUGUUUUAUACAAAUGAUGACUUUGCAUAGAGCCUUAGAUUUAUGAUAGAAUAAGAAAUACUUUUAAAUAUUACAGUGUUUCAGUGCUUCAUGGAGCUGUGGGUGUGCAUAGCUUACAUGAAUUGAUGUGAUCCUUCUCAACCCCAUGUAAUGAAACUGGCAAAGCAGUUUGCUUGGAUGCUUCACAGUGACACGUUGGUGACUCCAAACAGUUUGGAACAGAGGAAUGGAGAGACCAGUAAUAAGGACAAAUAACAGGGAAAGGGAACGGAAUGGUUUUGGCAUACUUUCUGUUUUUGUAUAAAUUUACAUGUGGCAGUGCCUGUCUGGCAGUCUUUAUCCAAGCAAAUAUUGCUUGAUAUAGGGUUAGGAAGGAAUAGAGACUGACUUUGAAGAGAUUUUGGCUUUUAGGCAGGUCCCAGCUGUUUAAGGGUAGACGUGGGCAUCAGGUAAGACCAUGGCACAAGAUGUCCUCUGCUGUCGAGCCCCAAGUUAAGAGCUGGAGGCUUGACCUGGCCUUCAGAGGUACAAAAACCCAACAAGACCCCAGAGGCAAUACUGCAGCAGGGAGUACCUGCUCAAUUGGUAGAAUGGCCAGUGAGCAGGUACUCCCUGCUGGCUGCAGUCUCAGAAUCAAAAGAUGUGGGCUCUAAAUCUUAACAGCUUUGUACAUUAGCUCCUCCAGUUAAAAUUUCAUUAUCAGUAUUUCUAUAGCAGUCUCUUUGGGCAGCUUUCCCUCAACCUGCCUGGGACAGAGAUGGAUCUUAACAGGAAGAUUUAUAAAGAAAAUGUUAAGUCCUUGUGCACAAAAAUUAAUAAAUAAAUUUUUUAAACA